UCUUGCUGAGCUGUUUUGGUUCUGAUGUAGGAAGAACUGGAUGAUAUCAUAAGAUAUGGCGCAAAAGAGUUAUUUGCUGAUGACAUUGAUGAAUCGGGAAAAUCACGACAGAUUCAUUAUGACGAUGCUGCAAUUGAUAGAUUACUUAACCGAGAACAUGUUGGAGACGAAGAGGCUACGCUGGAAGAUGAAGAAGAAGAUGGAUUUUUGAAGGCUUUUAAGGUAGCAAAUUUUGAGUAUGUUGAUGAAGCAGAAAUGGCAGCGGAAGAGGAAGCAUCAGCAUCUCCAGAAGAGAAUAAAGCCUCGAUAAACAAUUCUGAUAGAGCAAGCUACUGGGAGGAAUUCUUACAAGAUAAAUACGAAGUGCAGAAAAUUGAAGAAUAUAAUGACAUGGGCAAGGGAAAAAGAAGCCGUAAACGGAUGGUAUCUGUUGAAGAAGAUGACCUUGCUGGUUUGGAAGAUGUGAGCUCUGAUGUAGAAGACGAUAACUAUGAAGCUGAGUUGACUGAUAGUGAAACAACUGCAACUGGAGCUGCAGCAGUGAGAAAACCUUACAAAAAGAGAAUCCGCGCAGAGACUUCAGGACCACUUCCUUUGAUGGAAGGUGAAGGAAGAUCCUUUAGAGUAUUGGGAUUUAAUCAAAGACAAAGGGCUGCAUUUGUGCAAAUUUUGAUGAGGUUUGGCUUAGGGGACUUUGAUUGGGCACAGUUUACACCUCGUCUAAAACAGAAGACUUACGAAGAGAUUACAGAUUAUGGGAGGCUUUUCAUGUCACACAUAGCUGAAGAUAUAACCGAUUCACCAACAUUCUCAGAUGGUGUUCCCAAAGAGGGACUUAGUAUACAGGAUGUACUUGUUAGGACAGCUGUCUUACUUCUUAUCAGGGACAAAGUGAGAGCUUCAUUGGUGGUGAGUUCUACCCUUUUUGCAGAUGACAUUAUAUCCCGUUAUCCGGCAUUGAAAUCUUUAAGAUUUUGGAAGGAGGAUCAUGAUAAGGUGCUGCUACAAGCAGUAUUGAAGCAUGGUUAUGGAAGAUGGCAAGCAAUUGUUGAUGACAAGGACUUGAGAAUCCAAGAAGUGAUUUGUCAGGAGCUGAACCUCCCUUUUUUAGAUCUUCAUGUCUCAGGAGCCCUUCAUGCACAGAAUUCUGCUUUAGGAUCUUCUCAAUUGCAAUGUCCAUCUUCAGGGACUUCUCAGGCUCAAGUUUCUGCUUCAGGCGUUCCUCACACACAUGGUCUUUCUCCAGAAUUUUCUCAAUCACAAAGUAGUUUGAACUUGGGCCAUGUUGAAGCACCUGGAAAUCAGACUAAGGGAACCAAUAGUGGGAAUGGUCUUGAAGGAGGCGUUGCACAUGGAACUACAGAUACUGCAGCUCCUACACAAGUUUCUCAGGAUCAGUCCAUGCAAUAUCAUUUUAGAGAGAUGCAAAGAAAACUAGUUGAGUUUGUUAAGAAAAGGGUGCUGCUUUUAGAGAAGGGACUUAAUGCAGAGUACCAGAAAGGAUAUUUUGAUGACGAAAAACCAAAUGAAAUUCUGGAUGAUGAAACCGGGGAGAAGGUUGCGGGCACGCCAAAUCCAAAUUUUGAUGAAUUGGAUACCCAAAUGAUUGAUCAGUUGCCUCUGGUUGAAAUGAUUUCACAAGAUGGGAUUUAUUCGGUAGUUUGUGACAACGAAUCAGAUCGCUUGGAUAUGGCUCGGCUCUAUAAUGAGAUAUGCAAGGUAGUUAUGGAAAAUGCCCAAGAUGCAGAAGCAGCAUAUUCAGCUAACAGACCAAUAAGUUUGAAGGCAAGAACAAAUCUUGCUUCUUUAGAAACGUUUGAUCAGGAGAUAAACCAAAUACUUUUGGGUUCUCCUCCUCUGGAUACGACUCCUAAAUAUGACAAGUCGGGAGUUGAACAACAAAGUUCAUCAUCUACACUUGCUGGAGAUAAUUCUGUGUCACCCAUGAAUGCCGAUCCUCCAACAGAAGAACCAAACCUGGACAGAGAAAUCAACAAUCCUCCGGAUAAUGUGCAUGUGCUAGAGUCGUGUUCAACUUUGGUUAGACCUGAAUGUUCAUCGAAUGGAAUCAGUGAUAUAGAAAUGGACAAAAAUCCGGAGGACAAGUGAAACCUGGCUCUGGGAUCAUCUUUCAAGAUUAGAUCUUCGCUGCAUUUUGUCCGUUGAAAAAUGCAGAGUUUAUGAGCAAUGUAGUAAUGGACUAAAGAUCAACAUAGAAAACUUUGAGAAUCGUGUUGGGUUGCUUUAUAUGUGGAAUAAUUUGUUUUUGUUGAAUUGGGAUUUAGUCAUUUGGACCAAUGUUCUCAAGUAUUUGUUUAUAUAGACGACCUUUCUAGUUUAGAAAAUGCGAAGUAGACCCUAGAAGUUUGUUUU